AUGAUGGCAGAUUUGGCUCGUCUGAAGGAUGAACAACAUUCUGAAUCAGACGCCCGGUCGCAAUGCUCGCAGAGGAGCGAUUUAGGCUAUCAUUCUGGUGGAGCCUUUAGUGACAUCGGCAUUGGGUCCGCGUAUGCGAGUUCUCAUCGAUCCGUGGGUUCCAUUGGAUCACAAGGCAGUGGUGGAUUGGCGGCUCACAUGAUGAAUGGUGAGACGCAUUUUCCUCCUUCCAUGUACCAUCCAGCAACUGACGCUCCCAAGAGUGAUACUGCCACGGUGUGUUCCGGAAGUGUUCUGGAAGACAUUGAUGUGGAAAGUAUGAUUUCACAAGAAGGUGGUGGAGGAGGCAAACAACAAAAUCAUCACUACCCACCAUCGUCAGUGAAAAUGGAACCAAAAGGUCACCAUCGGCGUACUAAUAGUGCUGGCAAUCGAUUGGUGGACUUUGCUGAUCGCUCACAAGAACAACUUUGUUUGGUAAUUCCUCAGCAGCAAAAGGGUUUCAUUCACGAGGAAAGGGAAACAACAACGACAGCCACAGCCACAGCCACAGCAGUAGGAACAGCUACAGCCACAGCCACAAACACAACAGAUUUGCGCAGCAUACGAGGACCUAAUAAGACCAACAAUGGCAUGGGCCCACCCUUGCCACGAACACUGCUGCUGCAGGGAGGUUCUUCUUCUCGAGCCGAAUCCGUUCGAUCCUUUGAAUCCAAGGCGGACAGUGAUGUUGUAGCCCAUGUGGAUACGGAUGAUUGUGGAGGCUCUUUGAAUGAGAGCGCCACUGAUGCUCAAUCCGUACUUAGUCAGGAAGAAGCCGAUGUUGCGGCAAUGCAAACAGGAGCGCCUGGUUUGGGUCGAAAAUCACCCUCCAUGCCCUUGCACGGCGCCACCCAUCAUGAAGACCAACAAGAGAAGCCACAUCCCUUUCUUCUUUCGGAUUCCGAUCCUCAAAAUGGCCGCACCAGUCCAGGAGGAACCAUCUACCGAGGACGUGGAGUCCGGCGGUAUCAAGGUCGUGACAUGCACUUGCCCUUUAAACGAUUCCUUGAAAAUGGAAUUCAAGCGCACCAUCAAUGUCCCGCCUACUAUGGUGAUCACGACAAUUGGGAAGAUCGCUACAAGGGAGAAAUAUGGGAACACCGAUACGAUCAAGAUACUACUUCUUCGAUAGGCCGCUAUGGUCGAAAGCGAUCCCGCAGUCGAUCUCGUAGCCGGAGUCGGAGUCGAAGUCCAGCACGACGUGGCGGCGGGGAUGAUAUUGAACAACCAUCCUCCCCCACCAAACGUGGUCAACAAACUAAUAGUAGCAACAAACCACAAAGCAAACGAAGAUAUCGUGACGAAGACCGUUGCGGUAGCAAUGGAAGAAAGAAAAAUGGCUUCAAGCACAGUCACGAUCACAUCCACGAUCACAUUCACAAUUAUCACAACAACAGCAACAGCAACAGCAACAACUGCAAUCAUCAAUAUGACAAUCGGCGAGAAUAUCAUCGACGAGAGAGGAGUGAUCGAGAUGAUCGUCGCACCAGCAGAUCGUAA